GUGUGGGAACAGGUAUCAUGUUCUCAACAACAAGAACAGGGGCGACCGCACUCAGGUCACAGAGCUGCUGGAGAAGAUAGAGGACAUGGUGGCAGGAAAGAGUGACUGUUAUUAUGAGAUUGAGGAAAUGAAUUUACAGGAGAUGGAAGAGAAGUUCAGGACUUUGGGAAUAAGGAAGAGACAGAGGAUACAGGAGCUACUGCAGAAGACACUGGGACCCCAACUGCUUCCCAAGAGGGAGGGACAGGUGGAUUCCCAUGAGGCACCACAGCGUCUCUCAGAGAUCAGGAUCGUGCUGCUGGGCCAGAGAGGGUCUGGGAAGAGCUCAGCAGGAAACACCAUCCUGGGCAGAGAGGAGUUUGAGAGCAAGAGAAAAAUUCUGACUUGGACCGGAUCCCAUCAGUGUGUGAAGAGACAGAGUGAAGUAGCUGGAAGGCAGAUCACUGUGGUUGAAACAACAGGCUGGUAUUCUUGUCAGCUGUACUCAGUCCUCUAUGAACAGGAGUCUUCUGCACAGGACACUCUAGAGUGGAUCAGAAAGGUGAUCGAACCCAGUGUGUCUCUGUGUCCCCCAGGACCCCACGCUCUCCUCCUGGUGAUUAAUCUGGACUCUGUGAAAGAGAAAAGAUCAGUGGAGAAACAUCUGGAGCUUCUCAGCAAGAGAGCGUGGAGACACACAAUAGUGCUGUUCACCUGGGGGGACACACUGAGACACACAACCAUUGAGCAGCACAUUGAGAGAGGAGGGAAGGAGCUCCAGUGGCUGGGGGAGAAAUGUGGGAACAGGUAUCAUGUUCUCAACAACAAGAACAGGGACGACCACACUCAGGUCACAGAGCUGCUGGAGAAGAUAGAAGACAUGGUGGCAGGAAAGAGUGACUGUUAUUAUGAGAUUGAGGAAAUGAAUUUAAAGGAGAUGGAAGAGAAGUUAUGGACAUUGAGAAUAAAGAAGAGAGAGAAGAUAGAGGAGCUACUGCUGAAGACACUGGGACCCCAACUGCUUCCCAAGAGGGAGGGACAGGCGGAUUCCCAUGAGGCACCACAGCGUCUCUCAGAGAUCAGGAUCGUGCUGCUGGGCCAGAGAGGGUCUGGGAAGAGCUCAGCAGGAAACGCCAUCCUGGGCAGAGAGGAGUUUGAGAUGUGGGGAGGACCUCAGGAGUGUGUGAAGAGGCAGUGUAAAGUAGUUGGGAGGCAGGUCACUGUGGUCGACACACCAGACUGGUAUUCUUCGUCUGUCCUCUUUGAAGAGGAGUCUCCUGUAGAGGACACUCUAAAGUGGAUUACAAAGUUGAUUGAAUUCAGUGUGUCUCUGUGUCCCCCAGGACCCCACGCUCUCCUCGUGGUGAUUAAUCUGGACUCAUACACAGACUGGAGAUCAGUGAAUAAACAUCUGGAGCUUUUCAGUGAGAGAGUGUGGAGACACACAAUAGUGCUGUUCACCUGGGGGGACACACUGAGCGACACAACCAUUGAGCAGCACAUUGAGAGAGGAGGGAAGGAGCUCCAGUGGCUGGUGGAGAAAUGUGGGAACAGGUAUCAUGUUCUCAACAACAAGAACAGGGGCGACCACACUCAGGUCACAGAGCUGCUGGAGAAGAUAGAGGAGCUGGUGGCAGGAAACUAUGGGCUGUACUUCACUACUGACAUUGAACAACUACACACUGAACUGGAGAAAUAUAUCAGACAGAUGGAGGAGGGUAGACAGAGAGAGACUAAGGAGCUGAGUCAGAGGGAGGAGGAGAGACAGAGGAGUUGA